UGAGAUAAGAGGACAAAAAGUACUAGAGAUUUCUUAUGGGAACAUGAAGAGACAAGAGCACAUGCCAAUAUCUAAUACCAUCUGAGAAAACAUAACCAUGUGAUACUCUAUUCUUGCAUGUCCCACGAAACACUUGCUAGAUUUAUCUAUAUAUACCGACCUCUAACAACAUCUUCAUAUCAUCAACAACAAGAAGCAAUCCAAGAACUUAUACCUACAAAAAUCAAGAUUUUAAGUUUCAGGAAACAAAAAUGGCUUUGGUAAGAGGUUUCAUGGCUGCAAAGAAGAUUCUUGGUGGCUCAGUAGCAGGAGCGAGGAAAGAAACUUCAGCGCCAAAAGGGUUUCUUGCAGUGUACGUCGGUGUGAGCCAAAAGAAGAAGCAGAGACACCUUGUGCCGGUCUCAUACUUAAACCAGCCUUUGUUUCAAGAUCUUCUCAUUAAGGCUGAAGAAGAGUUCGGAUUCAACCAUCCGAUGGGCGGUUUGACGAUCCCUUGUCCUGAAGAUACCUUCCUCACAGUAACUUCUCAGAUCCAAGGGUGAUCAUCAUCUGAAGAAAAAGCUUUUUUUUUUUAACAUUUUUUUUAACCGUAGAUAGAUGACAAUUUUUUCAUCUUUCUUAAUGAAAGAUUUGAUCUAGAGGAUAUCAUGUAAAUGCCAAUUUUUUUGUGUAUGAACGAUGAAAUCAAACAAAAGAUCCAGAAAGAUUUCUCAGA